UUGUACUUUCACCGAGUGACAGUUACAUUAAAGGGGUUUGAUACAUUCGAUUUUUUAAAAUAUUAAUCUUUGUAGCUCAAAGUAUAUAGAUAAAUUCUGUCGAUUAUGUAAAACGAAAGUAGAAAAAAGUUAAAAACUGUUGGAAAGUUCCGCACUUAUCUGAAGUUAUCAAAUCACGAGAAUGGAUUGGUGAUCAUGGUAUACUGAAAUGGGAAACGCAGAGUCUAAGAAGGAGGAGGAGGCAUCAACAGCGGAGGGUUCAAAGACAAAGGAAACCAAAGAGGAGUCUGAUUCAGGAAGAAAAAAAUCUGCUGAUCACAAAAAAGAAAGAUCCCACCGAAAAAAAGAGAGGUCAGGAGCAGGAUCCAAAGAGAGGCCAAAGACUGGAGAGACAGGGGAAAGUAGACAUACCCAACGGGAUGAAUCCGAUUCAACCCAGCGAGUGAAGGAUAAAACAGAGAAAUUUUCUGCCACACAAGCUAGAUCUUCCAAUCCUGUCAAACAGGAAUGGAAUAAAGAUGUUGCUAAUGUCACUGAAUUGGGAAAGAGACAUCAGCGAUUGGUGGUAGCAGCCAUAGACUUUGGUACUUUUGGAUCAGGAUUUGCCUUAUGUAUUUAUGCAGAUUACAAAAGAGACCCCAAUAAAAUAAGUGUUCACACCUGGAAUAGUGGAACCGCUAUUACCAACAAAGCACCCACGACUGUGUUGAUAAAUCCCAAUGGCAAGGACUGUCUGAGCUUUGGUUACGAUGCAGAGCGUGAGUUUGUGGACUUGGAACCUGCAGAGCAAAAGAAACAUUAUCUUUUCAGACAAUUCAAAAUGAAGCUGUUCAGUAAUCCCGAUCUGUCAGAGUCAACAAAGUUAAAGGACAUCACAGACAAAGAGCUACCUGCUGUUGACGUCUUUGCAGCUGUUAUCCAAUUCUUUAGAGAGAGUUUGCAAAAGAGAUUAAAUACCAGGAAUUUGGAGGAUUUUACCUAUGAUGAUGUAUACUGGGUCAUCACUGUACCAGCUAUUUGGGAUCUGAAGGCAAAAGAGUUCAUGAGGAGGGCAGCUGAAAAAGCUGGACUCAAGGACUCUCAGCUUUCAUUGGCCCUGGAGCCAGAAGCAGCAUCCUUGUACUGUCGCAAAAUUCCAGUGGAAAUCAACACACAGAAAGAUGGAGCCAAACAAAUCGCAUCUCUCCCAGAGGGUGCCAAGUACUUGGUGCUUGAUCUCGGAGGGGGCACCAUAGAUAUCACAGCCCAUGAAGUGAUGGCUGAUGCAGGACUAAGAGAGCUUCACCAAGCUAGUGGAGGCUACUAUGGAGGAACUUGUGUAAAUGAUGAAAUCAUGUCCUUCUUCAAACGACUGUUUGGUGCUCCAGUUUUAAUGAGGCUCAAAGAAGAAAACCCAGGAGACUACCUCGAUUUGAUGAAUGAUAUUGAGAUGAAAAAGUGCACGUAUAGUCCCAAAAUGGACAAGAACAACAUCACUUUAAGGCUUCCUGUCACUUUGUUGGAUGCAUAUAAAGAGGAGACUGAAUGCCAGAUUGAGGAAUGUUUACAAGACACAGCAUUUGCAGAUGAUGUGCAAAUAAAGCGAGACAAGAUGAUGAUUUCUAAAAAACUUUUUGGAAGUUUUUUUAAAUCAUCAGUUGAUAAUGUGGUUAGAAUAAUUAAGGAGAUUUUGGACACACCAAGUAUGUCCGAGGUCACCACAUUUCUCGCUGUAGGAGGGUAUGCUGAAUCUGCUUUGAUCAAAGAGACACUGCAGACUACCUUUCCAGAGAAAAAGAUUGUGAUACCAACUGACCCUAGCCUCUCUGUAUUAAAAGGAGCUGUUAUCUAUGGAUUUGAGCCAGAGAUCAUUGCUUCCAGGGUUUGUAAAUAUACCUAUGGAAUAGCCAAGACAGGCAUUUGGAAAGAGGGAGAUCCUGAGAGUAAAAAACUCCCAGAGAAAACCAAAAAAGGCCUCUAUUGGUGUGAUGGUGUGUUUGACAAACAUGUAGAGGUGGGACAAGUUGUUAAACUUGGAGAGUUCCAGGAGGCGAAAGAGUACUUUGCUGUGGAAGGUCAGGUUGAGGCGCUGCUAGAUUUUUAUGCUUCUACAGAAAAGAAUCCCAGAUUCGUGGACGAUCCUGGGUGUACUUGUGUUGGAAAUUUGGUAUUGGAUUUAUCUGGAGGGAAAACAAAGAAGAAGAUCUUGGUUAGGAUCGGUGUUGGGGGAACUGAGCUAGAAGUUGAAGCCAUGGACCCCACUGGUCAUGUUUUUAGAUCAAAUUGCAAUUUUUUACCUUAAUUUAUAGCUUUUUAUGUAAAGUAAUUAGACAUUGGUCGAAUGUGCCAAAAGUAUAAUGUUGCUCACUUAAAUGUACAGUACUUUACUAACUCACUGUUGAACUUUCAAAUUGUAAUCAUCCACAUGCUACUUUUAUUUUAUCAAAAAUUCUGAUUCAAUUGGUGACAUGGAUGCUCUAUUUUUAGACGACUUUUUAAUAUGUGAACUGUGAAACAGUGAAUAUCUAUAAAUCAUUAUUUGAACACAAAAAUGUUCGUACAUAACACAGUGGAUACUUUUUGAGAGUUGUUGAGAAGCAGUCCUUGAGUCCUUGAGAAGCAUACCUUAUGUAACAUUCAACGAACUUGGCUGAUUUUUCUUGUCAGAUUACAAUUGUGACAGAUUCAAGUGAAUGGGAUUGAAUUGUCUGCAAAGCCUGGUGUGUUAUAGGAUGGACAAAAUUCAAGAAAUAAGAAUUCAAUUCCUAAAAUAUUUCCUGUCGCAUAGUUAUGGCCUCAAAACCUUUCACCUUUGCUGUCUGCCAAUUUUUCGGUCCAGAUAUUUUUGGAUGUCUUCGAGAUAAUCUUUUAACAAUUACUACCUAUAAAUGCUGCAGAAAUAAUCCUGAAUUUGUAUAUUGAGCUUUAUUAAUAUUGUUUCUGCUGUGUGUGUGUGUGUGUGUGUGCGCGCAUAGUGAAUAGAAACUUUGGAACUGUUCAUUUUCUUUUAUAUAUAUAUAUAUGUCUGUGUGUGUGUGUGUGUGUGUGUGUGUGUAUUUAUAUAUAUAUUUGCAUUAUGCUGCUAUUUCACUGUAGCCAUCUAGUCUAUCGGAAUGUCUUAAUUGUGCUUAUUCAGUGGAGUAGUUAAUAUAAAUUUGAAAUUUUUUUUGGUACAGGUCCCUAUCAGCCUUCUGGCCAAGGAGUUCACUUGGUAAGGCCAUCCAAUUUGCCUUAUUUACUUUUCAAGUGUGAUCAUACCAUAUAAGCCUAAAGGUUAUCUGUAAUUUUAAGUUGCCAAUUUUCAAGGGGGAACCACACCUUUGCAUAGUAGCGUCACUCCACGUGACGUAUGUCUAUAGUAGUGAAAAACUUGUCUACAUGAAACCAUAAUAUAUAAAAUAUUGUAAAUUGUAUGCUGAAACUAAUAAAAAUAUAAUAUCU